AUGUUUACUUUAUCAAGAUAAAAAUUUGAAAUUACAUACACCAGCAAAUUGAUAUCCAUUCCAACAUGCACUUGCAUAUUAGUAUACUUUGGUAUAAUAGUGAUACCAUUUGUACUAGUUUUUGCUUCUGAAAGUAUUCAACUGACUAAUAAGACUUCUGGAUCAUGGUAUCCACAUUAGAAGAAUAAUUAGACAUAGAAUAUGAGGGAUUUCAUUUUGUAAAUAUCAUUACAUCAGAUGAUGAAGUGUAUCAUUUCACAAAUCAAAAAUAUUAAAACAUAGAGGGUUCUGAAUAAUAGUUAUCUUUUUAAUUUAUGUCUUUAUAAGGAUCAAAAAUAUCAGUAUAUAAAUGAUUAAUAUAUUAAAUAGGCAUUGAUGGAUGAUAAUAAUGCAGACAAUAUACCUGAAUAAUUUAACAUUGAUUUUUAAUUAUUCACAGAUGCAGAUAAAAUUAAAUAGAUUACAAUAUUAUUGCCACUUAAAUGUUAUCUUGCUAGUUUACAUUUCUAAUUUGAUUGUUAUUUAUACUUUUAAGAAUCUGAAAUCAUAAAUGGUUAAGGUUUAUCAUAAUUAUAAAUAAUGGGAGAAAUCAAUUUUUAUCAAUAAGAACCAUUGCCAUCUAGGUAUAUUUUAUUAAUUUAUUAUGAUAGUAAUUUUGAUAUAGAAUAUUAUUCAGAUAUCUUAGUUGAUAAUCAUUUAAAUAGUCAAUGGAUGAGUGAAAUACUUUAAUAGAUUUAUACAAGAACAUAUUAAAUUCGUCCUAGAUAUAUUAAUAGAAAGAUUGGAGGCAAUUCUGAGAAACAAUUAAGAAUUAAUAUCAAAUUAGAUAAUAAUAAAUUAUAAAUUAUUCAAAGAUGGGUGAGUUUACUUGCAAUAAUGAAAUUGGCAUGGCUUUAAUAUUUCUCAGUUUUCAUUAUUAUAUGGAUUAUUGGAAGAGAGUUUAUGAUAUUCUUAUUUAGAUUUAGAAUAGUUGACACUAGUAAAGUGGAAUAAUUAUGA